AUGUGGCAUCGCCACCUCACCCCGCUCUUCCCCACCGUCGAGGCCUGCAACCGGCCCGCCCUGGGCCGAUCUGGGCCCCGAGCGAGCCCGUGCCUCCCGCCGCCGCCCGCACAGCAGGAGCUCCCGCUCUCGCUCGAUCCUCGCGUCGCUCGCCUCCCGCUCCUUCGCCGGAUCCUGCCCGCCAGAGACCAAGGCCGCCGGAGCAGCCCACCGUCGGCCACCUCGACCCAGGCCAGCGCCGCCCCGCUCUCCCUUCCUCCCCUAACCUCCCUCUCCCUCUGCUGCAGCGCCGCCAUGGCUUCCAUGGUGCUCCGCAGCCGGUGCCGCCAAGUUCCUCCACCGCCGGAUCCGGCCGGAAUAGUUCCGGCACCGCCGGAUCUACCGUCCCCGCCACCGGAUCAGACCCCUCCGUGCUCGUCGCCGUCGCCGGAGAGGCCCCCCUGCCGCCGGUCUUCUUCUGCCAUGCAAGGUGGACGAGGCAGCGCCCGCUGCCGUUGA